AUGGCACCUAGUGCACAUCACCAAGCCACGCUCUUCAUUCAUAGCGGAGGCAAACCUUCGGAGUCGAAGAGGAAAGACCAAGUGCGCCGUCAACAUCAACAUGCUGCGAGUGUGGCACAUCAAAGGGGACAGAGGAAGAGAUUGCCACGGUCGCAAACUCAGCCUGUCCCUGCCGAUACCUCCACCGCGCUCACCACUCCGUCGCCUCGAUCGGAUCUCAGUGGAAGCCUAUUCGAUCCCUUUGAUGCUUUCUUCGUGAACAACGUGUCUGCGCAUGCGCAGAUGAUGUUUCAAUCCGCCAUAAUCGAGCAAUGGCCGUCCUUCGCGCUGUCAAGCAGGAAACAAGACAUCGACAGAUGGCGAUCAGUCACGGUAAAAUAUGCACUUGAAUCUCCCUACCUAGUGCCAGCGAUCACCUAUGCGGGAUCUUCGUAUCGUUACUUCUUCGGCUCGACGGAUCCGUCCGCAAAAUUCCAUCGCAUCAAUUUCUAUCAUGAGACAUUGAGACAACUUCGGGAGGCGAUGCUUAAGCCAGAUAGUCAAUGUGGGGACGCGAUGCUUCUAGCAAUUGCCAUACUAACCAUCCACGGCCCUCCAAAUGAAAUGCAAGGUCGGACUCUGCUAGGCUCCCAGCAGCUGAGGGAUUACGAGUAUUAUGGCUGCAAAACAUGGGAACCGACCCAUUUCCAGGCGUUAUUGUCCUUAGUGAAACAACGAGGUGGAUUGAACAAAAUUGGGAUCGACUCUCUAGCCGGGAUUAUUAUGACGAUUGAUAUUGUUGAUUCAAUUUCGGUUCUCAGGGUGCCUACUUUUCCACUAUUCUUCCCUCCGAGCCUAAUCCUUCAGGAUCUCCGUCGACAUCGCAAAUCGGACAAGAGCGAUUCAUGCCAGGGCUUUCGCUUCUUGAGGAACAGGCACCUAGGCCGACGGCUUUUGACGAUAAUUGAGGACGUCGAUGCUUUACUCGACGCUUACAACACCUUUCUGCAAGAUUCUGGUUCUAAUGUAGAUUUCGGUCAGUUAGUUGCGGCAUGGCGCAUUUUGCAGCAUCAAACACUAUCGCUGCCAAGUGGCGAGGAUCUCCUUUUCAACCUAUGUCGGGCCGCAGUCAUAGUUUUUCUAGUCGAAUGUCUCGAACCCCUGCCAGUCAUUGGCACUUUCCACCGGAACGGUUCACGGAGGCUGAUGUUGUUAAUUGACGAGUGUGAUAGGCGGGAGUACUGGCAGACGUCUCCUAAUACAAUGCUCUGGGCAACUGUGGUCGGCGGUUUCGUCAGCCGCGAGACUUCGCUUCGCCUGUGGUACAUCGAACAGCUUCGUGGAAGUCCGAUAACGACCAGUGAAGAGCACUGGGAGGAGGUUUUGCAUUUGGCGGAGGCGUAUCUUCCAUUCAGACAUCGACAAGCGCAAGGUUGCCGACAGUUUUGGAGCGAAGGAUGCGGUUGGUUGGCUCUCGCCAAUCCAUAUCUGAGAACCAGCUAA